AGCUCAGGUUUUGUGGCCACAGCUCAGGUUUGGUGGCCGCACCUGAGGUUUUGUGGCCCUGCUGCCUCACCUGAGCCCCUCGGCUGCUUUGUCCCCUUGCACAGGUGCAUUUCUCCACGCCAAAUUCCCGUUCCCAUCGUGCCACCCUUUCUCCCAGCUUGGGAUUUCCCCCGCUUUUUUAAAGCCCUUCCUGAACCAGUUUAACCAGUACGAUCCGCGCUUCCCCCGCUCCUCCCCAGCUCCUUUUUUUGGGUGCAAACACCACCAGAUGGAGCCUUUUGGCCACAAUGGAUACGAGCCACCGGUACUUGUUUCCCUUUUAUAUUUUUUUUUUUUUUUCCUCCUAAUCAGCCCCUUGAUUGACAAAUCAUCGUCGGGUUCUCUGGGUUGUGUGUCCGGCAGGACUUCUCAGAGUCCUUGGGGGAAAAAAAAAAAAAAAAAUAAAAAUCAGCACAUCAGCUUUAAUUCACUACUUCAGACACACUCCUGGAACUGCAACGGAUCAGGGAGAGCUUUUGGUGCUCGUUUGUUCUCAUUUCCCAGCUAAAGCUUCCCCUCGCAGCUGUGAGGCCGUAAAGGAUUUUUUUUUUUCUGAUUUAUGGGAAAGGAUUGAGCCAUAGCAAAGCCCAGGACAGAGGGGAGAACUUUUCAAUAGGUGCUGUACAGAGGAAAAAAUUCCAUUUGAUCCGUUUUUCUCAGGGGAUUUGCCGAGGGAGGAGGCUCUCAGGAUGUCAGUGCCUCUCCUCCCUCUGCUCUCAGCUCUCCCAACCUUCCUGACACCGAGUCCUGGGUGGAAAAAAGCUGGAAUCGGAGCUGUGAGACUGGGACUGUGCCCCAGCCCUGCAUGGCCACAGCCAGAACCACACCAGGGGAGGAAAAGGGGCCUGGGGGCAUCUCCUGGGACUGCCCAGGAGGGGAAUUCAGGACACGGAGAGCCAGGGAACUCCUGGGCUGGUGGAAGGGCUGGCAGGAGGAAUUCACCCAGGAGAAUUCAUCCAGGAGGAAUUCAUGCAGGAGGAAUUCACCCAGGAGAAUUCAUCCAGGAGAAUUCAUCCAGGAGAAUUCAUUCAGAAUUCACCCAGGAAAAUUCAUCCAGGAGGAAUUCAUGCAGGAGAAUUCAUCCAGGAGGAAUUCACCCAGGAAAAUUCAUCCAGGAGGAAUUCACCCAGGAGAAUUUAUUCAGAAUUCAUCCAGGAGAAUUCACCCAGGAGAAUUCAUCCAGGAGAAUUCAUUCAGAAUUCACCCAGGAGAAUUAAUCCAGGAGGAAUUCAUCCAGGAGAAUUCAUUCAGAAUUCACCCAGGAAAAUUCGUCCAGGAGGAAUUAAUGCAGGAGAAUUCAUGCAGGAGGAAUUCACCCAGGAGAAUUCAUCCAGGAGAAUUCAUUCAGAAUUCACCCAGGAAAAAUCAUCCAGGAGGAAUUCAUGCAGGAGAAUUCAUUCAGAAUUCAUCCAGGAGAAUUCAUUCAGAAUUCAUCCAGGAGAAUUCAUGCAGGAGGAAUUCAUCCAGGAGGAAUUCAUGCAGGAGGAAUUCAUCCAGGAGGAAUUCAUGCCGGAGGAUUCAUGCAGGAGGAAUUCACCCAGGAGAAUUCAUUCAGAAUUCAUCCAGGAGGAAUUCAUCCAGGAGAAUUCAUCCAGGAGAAUUCAUUCAGAAUUCAUCCAGGAGAAUUCAUCCAGGAGGAAUUCAUGCAGGAGGAAUUCAUGCAGGAGGAAUUCAUGCAGGAGGAAUUCAUGCAGGAGGAUGGGAUGGUGCAUGGAAAAGGGGUGAGAGCCCGAAGGAGUCUUAUUUACUCCUCUCGAGUCUGUUCUUACCCCUCUCCAGCCUAUUUUUUACACCUUUUGAGCCUCUUUUUACUCCAGCUGAGCCGAUUUGGGGGCGGUUUUUAAUCCCAGCCUCUCCCAGCUCUUCCCUGGUGGCUGGACGAGCCUGUCCCAGCUCUCUGUGGGUCAGAGCCGCCUCUGCAGCCCCUGAGCCCCCCGUGCCCAGCUGGGCACUGCCCAGGGCUGUGCGAAGGGUUCCUGGCUGUCCCACGCUGGCACUGUCCCCUCUGCUCCCUCCCUGCCCUUUUCCCGCUGCCCGGCGCUCCGAGAGGGGCCAGGGCACCGAGGGACACUUUGGGAUGGCUCUGGAAGGGUGGGACAAGGACACAAACCUCGUUUAUCCUGGGGGAGAAGAGAGGAAAUGCGCAGGUCGUCCCAGGAGGAGCAGGGAAUUGGGGAAGGAGGGAGCUGCAGGUCACCUUUGGACACGCUGGGGUGGCUUUGACCUGAAAAAUAAAACAAAACAAAACAAAACAAAAAAAACACCCCAAACCAAACCCCUUUGUUUUUUACAAAGAUCCUGCUUUUAAAUUAUCUAAAAUAUAUGUAUAUGU